UUUUGCGCCGCCAACGCGAUUACGCUGCUCAGCAAAUAGUGGCAAGAAGUCUGAAACCACAUGUGCUCGUCUCCAAACCGGAGAGACGCGGUUUCAUUUGUCUUCAGAGAGGAAAAGAGUUGGCUUUAAGCCGUACUGACAGACACAAGGGAAGGACGGUCUCGUGAGAGCGCCGGAGAAGACCAUUGGUAAUCUACGCGGUGCGUGAUAUUCACGUUUAUUCAUGGCACUACUGCUCGAACAGUUGAAAUAAACGGGGGAAAUGUAGUCUUUGUGGAUGGUGAUCAAUAUAGCCACUUCUGACGCUAACUGUUGCCGGUGAAUGGCUCUUUAAACGCGGCGAAAGGGGGCGGUAGUUGUGGAGUGUACGGCAAUGCCAAGUUGAUGGGUCUCGACAUUUUCAGUAUUAAUAAACGCUGAAGUGCCCAGCACCGUCUGUUUAACAUUUAUGGGUUCGUCGAUAUUUUCAAAACGUGGAGAGGAAUGCUGAACGAAGAUGACGUUUUGACUGGGAUAUUCACGUAAACCGCAGGCGCACGCGCUGUCAGUCACCUGCUUAUAAAGGUAAACGCACCUUUACGCUUAAACGCCGUUCAAAAUGAUGACUAACGGACCCAACAUCGUCUACGAAUGGCUGAAAACCCUUCAGCUGUAUCAGUAUGUCGAGGCUUUUGUGGAUAACGGAUACGACGACUUGGAAGUUUGCAAACAAAUCGGAGACCCGGACUUGGAUGCCAUCGGGGUGUUCAUUCCGCACCACCGCCAGCGGAUUCACGAUGCAGUGCAAAGGUUAAACGAUCACGAAAAGGAGACAGCCACCGGGCUUUAUUUCACCCUGGAGCCGAUGCCUCCGGUCUCACCUAUAUACACGAGUCGCAUGGCAGAGCAAUAUGAGCCUAGGCUGCGGGGCUCCAGGUCAUGGACUGAGCCGAGCAGUGAUAGAGCGGCGCGCAGCGUGGGGUACAUGGGGGCGUCCAGGAAUCUGACGCUGGGGAACCGCAAGGAGCUGGAAAUCUACCCCAAGCUGAAGCUGAAGAUCAUGAUCAGGGAUAAACUCAUUAGGGACGGGAUAAACCUUGCCAGGCAACCAUACUCUAAUAAGAAAUCAGCUGUGGUCUGUCCCUUGUGGUUGAGGCCGAGAGCAGAUCAGUCCUACCCACACUCAAACACACAGGAUGGCUCUCUGGGUAAUGUAGAUGACCUGGCUCAAGAGUACUCGGAGUACUACAACACAUACUUCAGUGAAGUCAGCGAUCGAAUGGAGGAACUACGUAAGCGGCAAGUCUCUCAAGAACAAGACAUGGAAAAAGCAGACACCAGCUUCAACUCAUCACAGCUGUGCUCAGACAUCCAGGAAUCAUUUGACAUCAGCAGUGAGGUGUCCACUCCAGAGACUGAGAGAAAAAUUCCUCUGCACAAAUCCAGCUCUGAAGAUGGAUCAGGAAAAUGGGACAACAAGAAGAAAAACAAAUCCUUCUGGCAGAACUUUCGAAAGUCACAGAAAGGGGUCACAAGGCAAACGUCAAAAGGAGAGGACAUUGGCUAUGUGGCCAGUGAGAUCACUAUGAGUGAUGAAGAACGGAUCCAGCUGAUGAUGAUGGUGAAAGAGAAGAUGAUCACAGUGGAGGAGGCGCUGGCACGGUUAAAGGAAUAUGAGAGGAACAGACAGUUGAGCAGCAGUACAGACACAGCAGAGUGGACUGAAGGAUCCAGUCCCACUGUUAACCUCUCCUCCGUCUGCAAUUCUGUGGAGCAGUCAGAUGAUGAGCAGGAGGACUCUGUGAAAUUCAAGAGGCUUCACAAGCUGGUCAACUCGACUCGACGUGUUCGCAAGAAGCUCAUCAAAGUGGAUGACAGCAAGAGACAUGGCUCACAAGAUUCGCUCAGUCUGGAUGCAGCUCCCUUAUGUGAUGACAUAAACGCACUGUAUGCUGAAAUCCACAAGAAGCCGGCCCAGUGCACAGACUCCUCUUUGUCCUCUCUUGCCCAAGAGAAGCUCUCUCUGGAUGGGGACACGGACAGUCUGACCACCUCGCCCUCCACCAGUAGCCUUGAUGCCUGGAAACCUUCUCACAAGUUAGUGAAGACCCCCGGCGCACAUCCCCACGGCCUGAUCCGCCCACCGCGGAAGAGUAGUGCUGGAUCCGGGCUGGGUAUAGUGGGGGGUAGUGGCUCCUCUUUCUCCGAAUUGGAGGGUUUGGAAGACGACAAUGCUAAAGUCUCCCGUUCGACUACAGACGGAGAGAUGCGGAAGGCCUUGUCAUCUUUAUCACACGGGAGAACGUGUAGCUUUGGAGGAUUUGACCUGACUAAUCGUGCCCUCCAUGUGAUCAACACAGCCGAGCCUAGUGAGGCUCUGUACAGGGACGCUGUGAAAUCUCCCACCACGUCCCGUAUCUCUCUAGGGAAGAAAGUCAAGUCUGUCAAAGAGACUAUGAGGAAACGCAUGUCCAAGAAAUAUGCUGGGUCUCUCUCUGAACAGUCCAGUACAGAUGGAAUGCCCAGUUGUCCUCAGUCUCCUCAGCCAGACACAGACUCUCUAGAGAAGCCCAAACUCAAGGCAGGAGGGUCUGUAGAGAGUCUGCGCAGCUCCCUCAGUGGGCAGAGCUCCAUGAGUGGACAGACUGUGAGCACCACAGAUUCAUCAGCCAGCAACAGAGAGAGUGUGAGGAGUGAGGACGGUGACGAUGAAGAGCCUUCAUACAGAGGCCCUUUCUGCGGCAGAGCUAGAGUUCACACUGACUUCACACCGAGUCCAUAUGAUACAGACUCACUCAAACUUAAGAGAGGAGAUGUGAUUGAUAUCAUCAGUAAGCCGCCCAUGGGCACAUGGAUGGGUCUGCUCAAUAACAAGGUGGGCACGUUUAAGUUCAUCUAUGUGGAUGUCCUGGCUGAAGAAGAGGAGAAGCCUAAACGAGCGGUUCGGAGGAGGAGGAAGGGCAGGCCGCCCAAACCCAGCUCAGUCGAGGAGCUUCUGGAGAGAAUCAGCCUGAAGGAGCACAUGCCUACGUUCCUGUUUAAUGGGUAUGACGACCUGGAUACAUUUAAGCUACUAGAGGAAGAAGAUCUGGAUGAGCUCAACAUCAAAGACCCCCAACACCGGGCCGUACUGAUGACUGCUGUAGAACUACUGCAGGAUUACGACAGUAGCAGUGAUCCGGAGUGCAGCGCCCUUUCUGGCUCUCAGGAGAAACUCCUCUGUGAGGGCCGUGGCCUCAUGGCCGACUCCCCACGGGACUCUGGUUGCUACGAAAGCAAUGAAAACCUAGAGAAUGGUAAGAGCCGCAAGGUGUCGCGCCACAGCCGUGGUUCAUCUGGAUUUGAUUGUGGGGGUGUAAAGUCUCCAGACUAUCCCACUCUUCCCAUGACUCACUCCACUGAAGUUCUUCAGCAGCAGGCCAAGAAGGAACGCAAGUUCCUGAAGACUUUUCUGCCCCGGCCCAUAAAGGGCUUCAGUCUGCGAAGCCUCGGCCUCAAGAAGGGCUCCAAAGCAGGACAGACCUCCCGCAUACUGGUCAGCCGAAGCUGUGAGCAGUUAGAUGGCCCCCAGGAGACCCCUGAGUCUUGGAAGCGCUCGCAUUCUCUGGGGGAUAUACACUGGGAGCAGGCCUUCAAUCAGAGGAAGAGUGAGAGUGAGGAUAAUGGCAGACCAGAGGGCAACAAAAAGGAAGUACAAGCCGAUCCUGUAGAAUCAAAAUUGGACCAGAUCAGUAAUAAGGCUGGAAGAGAGAUGGGCUCACUGCAGAGACCUACAGUUCCCACACAGCUUCCUCUCAGUACAGUCAGUCCAUUGCCUGCUACUCAGACCUCACAUGGCCAACCAGUUUCUGCCACAACUAGCCCUGCUCCUCGGACUCACCCUAAAAAGCCACCCGUCCCACCUCCUGUGCCUGCUAAAAAGUCCAAAGAACGUCUGCGCCACCCUUCACUAGUGCUGUCCGGUUCAGUGCCAAAUACACCAACCCUACCCCCAAAACCCAUAUUCACCCCAACCACUCCCUCCGAGAGCUCCCCAUCAAUGCCAUUAUCACCAGGUGAAUCUCCAGCAGCUCUGAGUCCACCCUGGCUAUCUGACCUACCUGAAUCAGCAUGUCCUCAGAUCCACGGAGCUAAAGUUACCCUCAGCAGGAAGAUCUCCCAUGCCAAAAUGACCAACCUGGAGACUCUGCUGGAGGACCGGAUGUGCUUGGAAGGCAUUGACCUCACCGAAGAGCCGUACUCUGAUAAACAUGGCCGGUGUGGUAUUCCUCAGCUCUUAGUACAGAGGUACUCGGAGGACUUUCAGCAGCCAGUGAAGGAUGUGGCGUCCAGUCUGGAUCAGAUCAGAGUUAAAAAACUCCGCAAGGAGCACCGCAUGGCUAUUCCCUCGGGAGGCUUGACUGACAUGUGUCGGAAGCCAGUGUCUCCUGUUCACGUGAGCUCUGUGUCUGAUUGGCUCGUGUCGAUUGGAAUGCCCAUGUAUUCUGCCCCUCUAUUGGCUGCAGGCUUUGACACGCUGGAUCAUGUGUCGUCCUUAAACGAGGCGAAAGUGAGGGAAGCGGGCUUGAAGCAGGACCAUCACAUACGUAUUCUUCUCAGUGAAGCCCAGCUAGUCACAGCCAGCAGCUCAGGACAGUCAUAAUACUAACUCGGGCUGUUAUGAACUUGACUAAAUGGAUCAAACUUUGCUGGUGAAGGGACAGACCUGGACAACAGCUGCCGAAUUUUCUCCCACAUUUCUGUUUUAUAAUCUCAGCCUUUUGGCAAUUUCAGAAAUGACUGAUCUGACUUCCAAGGACUGUUAUUGUAGGCCUUUCAACAGAAGUUUCCAUAGAAGCAUCUAGUUUUGGCCUGAAACAUCUGCCUGUCGAAAGCAAGCAGACUUUUAAAGACUGUUCUGAAUCCCUUUUUCAGGAAGUGUGAGAUUUAUUUAGGAAAAAAAACUGUAAAGUAAAAAUUUUUUUGUGCUUAUUGAAGCACUUGAGUAUCAAGAGUAUGUCACCUGGCCAAAGCAAUGUCAUUUCAUGCAGGUUCGUUAAUAUAAUAUUACUUUAUCUCUCAAAGCAUCCAGUAUGCAUAUGAAAAGAUGUGUACUGUCGGGUGAGUCAUUCCCAAAAGCAUGAUGUUUCCUUAUGGGGAUAUUCAGAGCAAUGCACAUUUUGAUUUCAGGUCAAUAGUUGGAAACGGUUUUAGAAAAUGUGUACUAUGUUUGUACAAACUGUUUCAUUUGUUUGUUUCUUCAAGGUAACAUUUAAGCAUCACUCCUUAUAAUCUGCUUAAUAUAACAUUGGAUAUUCACAGCAUAUUUAUUCUUCCCAGUCUUCUAAACACAAUAUUCAACAUGCAUCACUUACUCGGCUGUUGCGGCAUAUCAAAUUGUAUUACUGUAACAGCUCUAUCAAUUUAUGUUGCCUGUUAUCUUGAAAUGAUACUCCUGCAUAUCGUGUACCUCUUAUCAUACUCCUCUCUGAUGCAAAUGUUGCAUCACACAGCUGUAAUAUGCUUGCUAGAGUGAAAUGUGUACAGGUGUUUAUUUUUGUUUUAUUUUAUUUUUCUUUUGUCCCAGAUUGCCUUGCACUUUGACUGGGGUGUUGAAGACAUAAUCGCUCUUGAAAGCACACAGUCUUAGCCUUAAAAUACAAGUAAAUCAAAUCGAAACUGACUCCUCUGACUAACUUAGAGGAGUGUUCUGACACUAGUCACAUAUACAGACUGGUGCUUUACCCAUGAGUUAAACGGGUUCAAAAUUGAGAAGAAAGAUCCAUGAAGCAUUAUUUAUUUUGUCAUUCAGAACACAAUGCAAAUGGCAUGCGUUUGUGUGUUUCAGGGAGAAUAAAGUGUUGUGGACAACUUUUUCUUGCACACAUCUGGUGAUUCUCUCACCAAAGACAAACAGCAUCUGGCAGACUCACUCUUUAAUGAAAACUGAGUGUGAAAUACAACAUUAGCUGAAGUCUGUUAGUUACGUCACUUCACUGCUCACAGAUUUAAAGCAUUCCAUCACUCUGAAUUAAGCACAAUGAAGCGUGUUUCUCCCACAAUCACUCUCAGGCUGGUUUUGAUUGAGCGACUGAGUUGAAAACUCAACUCCUUUCAGUACAUGUAGUUGCUUCUACAUAUCUUUUGAUUUUCCAGUUACGAAAAGACACCACUCAUGUUUCCCCGAGGACUUGCAGUUUUAGGAAACGGUGUCUUUUUGAAAGCUUGCUUCAGAAUUGUAUUUCUCCCUCAUGCCAUUUAUUCUUUUGUAUCUUACCCAGCACAAUUUAUAGACCGUAAUGCUCAAGGAUUUAAUGAAUGUUUUAAGCAGUAGAGAAUCGAUAGAUUCCUUUGUAUCAGGAUGGAUGCUUUCAGUUGAGUGCUUUGAUAACAAUAAGGCUUUUUAUGUGAUUAAAAUCGAAACUAUAUUUCAUGAAAUGUUACUGUAAAAAUGCACUUUAUUAAAGAAUGAAAGUUCUUUUUUAAUUCCAUUGUGGAGAAAAUGAGAUUACAAAUUGACACAUUUACAGUUUUUAAGAAGUUUGUUUUCAGGGCAGAUGUUGAUGGUUGAGGUGGGCUGUUUAAAUAUCAAAUCUCUGUUAAAAAAAAUUAUAAUCACUUGUUGAUUCAUUACAGAACUAACCAUGACCAGUUAAUUAUUUCAACUUAAAUGCUAUAAAACUGGGUCUUAAUUGCAUAUAUGAAAUGAUUAACUGAGGUUGCACAUUCUGUAUAUGUAAUUGAUAUUUAAAUAACUUAUUUUUGCUUUUACAUCACAUGUAAUUAUUAGCUGUACUAUACAUCAUAAAGCAAUACUCUUUCACCUAUAGUUAGUUAGUGAUCAGUGACCAUUGUAAAAUAUAUGUAUAAAAAUGAUUUUAUCUGGUUU